AUUUGCCAAUCACAUCUCCGUCCAUAUUUAUAUACAUUAUAUAUAUUAUAUACAUUAUAUACAUUAUAACUCACAUUAUUAUACUACAUCGGCCUGACUCAUUCAUUGGACAAUUCAGUACAAGCUAUUGUGUAUUUAUUAGCUACAUUGGUCAUCCAUCCUAAUGAAUCUAAAGAUAAUCAAAAACUCAUAAGAGUAGCCAUCUAUCUAGGUACUAGGUAUGUAGUAAGUAGGUUAGGUAUAUGAAUGGUGCCUACCUACUUAGUACCCUCCAUAUAGGUCUAGAUGGAUCUUGAGAUGAUUCAUGUCUAGACAUCAUGAAUAACAGGGACAGCAUGGAUAGUGAUAGCGGUAGCGAAGAUGGCCUUGAGCUAUCUAGUGAAAAUGAGCAUCUACAAGAUCAAGAUCACCACCAAGGUCUCACAUCAUCACAAGCCCUCAAUCUCUAUGUUAGCCAUGCCUUCUCUACCUGGAAUGCUCGUGGCUACGAGUUCGCUGCAAUUCUCUUUACCGCAGCCGCAUAUCCAGAUACCCUCGUGGCUGCUGCACUCCGUAUGAUCUUGGUAUACUUUGCCAUGAUUCUGUUUUCCAGCUCGGUAGGGCACUGGGUCCAACAAUCGCCUAGCCGGCUGCGCACACUACUCUCCACCAUCAUCUACAACCGAGGCUCUGUAAUCCUCGGCUCUUUCGUCUGGAUCCUCAUACUAAGUCAAGAGGACCUCGUAGGGCCUCAUUCUACAUUCGUACUACCCAAAAAUACUCUCCUGAAAGGCAUUGGCUUCGCCGUUGCGGUAAGUCUGGGCAUCAUCGAGCGUCUGAGCUCCUCCGGCAAUCUGAUCUCCAUGGAGCGGGACUGGGUGGUCACCGUGGCUGCUCCGGCCGGUAGACCCUACGACCUGACCCACCUUAAUGCGGUCAUGAGAAGGAUCGACCUCGUUUGUAAACUGAUCUCGCCCAUCCUGAUCGCUGCAGUCAUCUCGGCCCUGGAUUCUGUCCGGUUGGGCGUCGUAUUCGCCGGCCUCACAAGCCUAUUUAGCAUCCCAAUCGAAGUAUUCUCGGCCAAGAGAGUAUGGAAUAACAGCCCCUUACUCCAGGCUCCGCGCGUGGUGCACCCACCCCAGCCAGUUCAAGCAGCGCCGACGUCGUGGUUAGCGAAAACAAGACAAUAUUUCCACAACUUCGAGAUGUACUUUGGCACAUCUGUCUGGAUUCCCUCAGUCGCACUAGCGCUGCUACAUUUCAACAUGCUGACGUGGAGGGCGACCUUCAUCACGUACCUGAUCAACAUAGGCUACUCCCUCAACACCAUUACCAUUGCGAGAGCUAUCGGUUCCGUGUUUGAGAUCAGCAGUACGGUCAUCACCCCCCGCGGUAUCCAGUACAUGGGGAAAGCCCAUCAUCAUGAUUCGUCCCCCUCGCUGGAUAGCGACGCUGAAACGGAGAUCGGAUUGAUCGCCGGCAACCGGGACGGAGGCCGAGAUGUGCGGACCGUGGUAGGGCUUCAGCGGUUUGGGUUAUGGGGUAUCAGCUGGCAGCUUGUCAAUACCGUACCAGUGGUUAUAGCCCUAUGGGCAAUCUCUACGCAAAAAGACGAAAUCAAGAGCCUAUCAUCUAUCUUUGCCCGCAGCAUCACCGCCGAGCAGCAAGCAUCGCCCAACGUGGGCUGGAGCAUAGUCCUGUUCUCGUUCCUCGCCUGCUCGCGACUCGGGGUAUGGGUCUUCGAUCUCACCACCCAGCAACUGACGCAAACUCUCGUCCCAGAAAACCAACGCUCCAGCUUCGCCGGCACUGAGAACUCGGUCGUGAACAUAUUCGAGCUAUUCGGCGCCGGCGCUGCUAUUGCUUUUCCUCGUACAGAGCAGUACAAGUGGUUAGCACUAGCGAGCCUGGUGUCGGUGUGGCUGAGCUGGAUCAUGUACGCGGCGUGGGUUCGCCGAAAGAGAGGUCACCUGGUUCAUUGGGAGAAACUGACGGAGGGGUUAUGUGUUGGUGAGAGGGGGGUUUGGUGAAAAAAAAAGAAAUGGUAAAAAAGGCAAGCAUGGACGAAAGUCUGACAGGGCGCUAUGUUGUUAGCGGUAAACGUUGUUCAGAGUACCCAGGUAGACAUUUAGUUACAGAAUGAGAUGAAAACAUGACAAAG